AUGUUAGUACUUCGCACCGCGACGCGGCUGGUUGGCCGUCGUCAACCCCUUCUCAUUGCUAGCCGAUCUGCGUCUUCGUCGACUGCAGACCAUCAUCAAACGGAGGACGACUUUGCGUACCCAAAAGAGGGUUUCGGAGCUCCCAUUUGGCGCAAAACGGCGGGAUUUGCCAUUCUUGGAGUCCUCUUCUACGAAUAUCUCGGUACACCCGGCGACAAUGAUGUAGCCUGGCUUCCAGCCGCAGGAACCGAAGAAUUUGCAGACGAGGCUGCCCUCAUUCGUGCUACUCGCGAAACAGCACUCCUCCAAGAGAGACAACUUGUACGUUCGGCCACCCGUCCACCUUUAUAUCGUUCGCGAAAUCCAGAGCAGUUCAACCACGUUUCUCCGUAUAAAAAUAUGGUUGGGAUGAGCGUGAAAUUCCAAGCCCAAACCACCGCCUUUCGACCGCGUUCUGGUUCAUUGUUACUCAAUCGUCCAACUAGUGCCAUCGAAAUUGCGACGCCCGCCUUACUCGUCACGACCUCUCGAGGAGUAGUCCCACAUCUAACUCAAGCCCACGCAUCGACCCUCCCCUGCCUUCAAGUGCCGUUUGAAACCUUUCUUGAGCAUUCGCCGCCAGUUCCCACCCUCCACCCUGGCUCUCAUCCACUUCACUCCUUCCUCGGGUUUAAUCCUGAAAAUCAGCUGCUCAUCCUGACUCUCCGCGACCCACAUGAUGUUCGAGAGACACCUGCCAAUACAAACAACUAUGUUUCCGCGGUGACUGGACGUGGAAUACGAAGGAUAUUGUCGUUGCGCUGCCAGAUAUACCAUUCACUCCUCCCCCCGUUCUCACAGAAAAGAGUAGAGCGGUCGGUUUCUCGUUCUGCAAGCUGGGUCUCACAAAUCCUUGGCCCCAAUCGGAAUGUUCUCGUCCACAUGGCUGGCGGUGUUAGUAUAGCGGCACGCAAGGCAUUUUCCUCCAACUUGAUAGAAAAGCUUCACGGCCGUGAAGCAGAAGCAAUCAGCCCACACAAAUCGCUCGACGAUGGCCUGGUUGGUUACGUUUUUGACCUUGCUCCCCUUCGUAUGGAAAUGGAUGCAGUAUCGACUGGAGAUGCGCCAGAUUUAACCACACUCCUACGAGCCUCUCUCGACUCCAUGCCUUCUUCGAAACUCCGGGUCAUUAACUCUGUCUCGUCACCACAUGAAAUUCUCCGCCUUAUCCGUGAUGUGGGCGUAGACAUAUUCGAUUCAAAGUGGGCUCAAGACAAUGCGGCGUUUGGAGUUGCGUUGGAUUUUGUUUUCCCUGCUCCAGCCUUCCAGACACGCCAGAAUCUCGGUCACAACUUGUAUCGAACUGACUUUGCUCAAGAUUUCUCCUCCUUGUCGUCAUCCUACAGCCCUUGUCCAUGUCCUGCUUGUCGACCAGUUGCUACCUCUCAAUCAGCAAUCAUCUCGCACAGCACUAUGGACCAGUUCAGGACAGAUGGGACUCCCCAACCCGCAUCACGCGCAUAUAUCCACCACUUGUGUCUCACUCAUGAAAUGUCUGCCCACUCUCUUCUUGUUUUACACAACCUUGCCGUCAUGCAGGCAUUUUUAGCUUCCGUCCGAACCCUGCUUGAGCAUAGUGAUAACUUUGGUCGUCUUGUGGAUGAUUUUCACAAUGCAUACCACGAAGGCCACGAACAGAUUUCCGAGGCGCGCACAAUGUGGAAAGAAGUUGAUCUCGCUCGGGGCAAAGGACGUUUGGCAAGGGAGCAGGAUCAAGGUGACAUUUAG